UUGUUAAAUAUGUUCUUCAUGCAGGAAAUUCCUUAGCAUUCCUCGGGUUAAUUUACUUUUCACGCAAUCUGUCCAUCAUUAUUUGAAAAAAGAAUCUUCUACAGUGAUCCAAUUUUCCAUAUGAGAUGUUAGUUUGAGGAGAAAAUACCAAACUCGUUUAGUCUACUUUUCAUCGGGUCUCAAAUAAGUCACAUUCCACCGACAUUUGUAAUACAGAUAUACCUGACAGACGUUUUAGGAUUUGACCAAGACAACGUAACCUACGUUAUAACAGGAUGCUUGAUGACCGAUUUAGUUGCCAAAAGAAUAUACCGACAUUGACUGCUUUGGAGGAAAAAUGUAGGUCAUUGUUGACUGUCAUUGUUUAUUUUUACUCAAGAUCGCACGGCAUAGUUUUUCUUUAAUUCAUCCCUGGCUUUAGUUUACUUGACGAGAUACGAAGAGAGCGUUGAACAAAUAACAAAGUACAGCAGAAUGGUAAACGCCACGGAGAAACCUGCCUCCGACCGAGGCCAUGCGGCAGGCGUUGAAGCAGCUGGAUUUGAACAUCGUGGAGAUGACCGACGAGAACGCCAUCCUGGAUGGAGGGGACGUUCUCUUUACAGGUCGAGAGUUCUUCGUGGGCCUCUCUAAGCGGACCAAUCAGAAGGGGGCCGAGAUCCUCGCCAACGCGUUCAAGGACUACGCCGUGUCCACGGUCCCCGUGGUGGAAGGGCUGCACCUCAAGAGUUUCUGCAGCAUGGGGGGCCCAGGGCUCAUCGUGAUAGGGUCCAGCGAACCGGCCCAGAAAGCGUUGAAGAUCAUGCAGCAGAUGAGUGACCAUCGCUAUGACAAGCUGACGGUGCCCGACGACGUAGCAGCCAACUGCGUCUACAUGAACCUGCCCAGCAAAGGCCAUGUUCUUCUGCACUGCAUGCCAGAAGAGUUCCCAGAGAGUGCCAAGGUCUUUGAGAAGCUGAAGGACCACAUGCUGAUCCCCGUGUCCAACAUGGAGAAGGCGAAAGUGGACGGAGCCCUCACCUGCUGCUCCGUGCUCAUCAACAAGACGGCCAACAUCUGAGCAUGCUCAGUAGGGGGAGGCGGGGCGGGGGGGGGAGGUUGGGGUGUCUUUUGGUCUGUGAGGGCAGGAGGGGUCCCUCCACCCGGUGUGGUAGCAUCGUGUUCUCAACAUCUGGUCAGGGCAGUUUAGUGACAAUUCCCAGUGGUUAACAAUCCCUUUCCCGCCCCCUGCACACGCAACUGAUUUGGGAUCCGAUUUUGUUGCCUUUACUGGCCAUUGUUUAUGGGGUUUGAGCAAGGACAGGAAAGCAGAUGGCGAAUCAGUAGCGUCGUGCAGGAAAGUGAUAGCACGCCAUGUCGAGAGACCUCCUGCUCCACACACACUAAACACCUAACCCCCUUCUCUGUCUUGGAGUACUUGUGUAAAUCAAUCCUUGUGCUUGCUGGUCAACAUUUACAAAUCUCUAAGAACCUAUAACACUGCAGUGUUGAUUAACAUGAUUGAUAUAAGCUUUUUUUCAAGCAGGACAGCUCAAGUUGUUUGAAUGCAUAGUGCAGUAGGUCUAUUAAAUGUACUAACACAGAUACAGCAAGACAAAAAUAUAACGACUGUCUAACUGCCGAGGGGUCUAUAUAUUUGUAAUGAUUUAUUUUUAGACUCUCAUCGCACCAAUAGAAAGCUAUUUUUGUCAGGACACCGUCAAGUUAAUUUAAUUAACCGCUGAUGAAAUUAAUAAGGAAAUAAUUUGGCCUUUAAGGUAUUUUUCUUUACUCAACAGAUGUAUUAAAUUGACCUCAGAACUAAUGAUUAACUAUCUAACGUGAUUGUUGAUUGGUCCCCAGCUGUGAUGGUGGUGCUCAUUAUUCCAUCCAGCAUCAAUGAGGACCGACUCCCCUUGUUAAACCUACAUGACAUAAACCCCCAACUUGUUUCGGGGCUGAAUGUGUCCCUGCCCUGUCUGUAAUGUGGGCUUGUAAUAUCACUAGUUUGGACCUUAUUGCCACCGUGUAGCCCUUACCAACAAACGUGGCCUCGCAACCACUGCGUGCUCAAAUCUGAAAUGAUCUGACGGAUAUUCCCAGCAGUGAAGAUACCAGUGCCAACUGUUUUUACAGCCUCUAUUGGUUUUUGCACUCCUUGGUCUUGGCACAUACUGUGAAAUCGAUGUGAGCUGUGGGUCAUACCAUAUGAUCUGACACCAACUGUUAUCCCGGCUGGAGAGAUGGUACACUCCACAGGGCUGCAACCAGAAUUCUUCCAGCAUGUUUACCACAUUGUUGGCAGCCAAUGACAGCUGUGUACUAGUGUUCAUAAGGAUCUCUUCCCCACAUUGCCUUAUCCCUGUGAGUUCCAGAACAUUCCCAGCGAUGACUCACUGGUCAGAUCCCGGCAGAGACAGGCAUAUGCACUUGUGUGAUCUUCACCGAGUCUGUACACAUUGGGUGUAUUCAUGUUUCACUGACACCUUUUGUCGCGCAGCGCGAUGCCGAUGAAAACAAUGUCCUCAAAGGAAGUGAUGUCACGGGCAGUUGCGUUCCCCGUGCUUUUCAGCCCGUGCCGACGUGCACCGUGGCCGCUCGGGGAAGGGAGAGCGAACCGUGAUGAAACAUGGAAAGAAUUCCUUCUGGAAGAGCGUCUUGUACGCCAGUAAACACUCAUUUUCUCUUGAACUCGCUCUCUCUCUCUUUUUCUUUCUCAGUGCUAUUGCCUCAUAGACAUUUCUGGGGAAAUUUACGACAGUGAUAUCAUACAGUCUGGCAAUGGGGUCCAAUGACCUGCCGUUAAAAAGCGUAAUUUGUGACACUAGCAGUAUAUUUUACAGGAGGCUUUUGGCAGGCCUGGUGAUGAUACUAUAGUUGCUGUGUGUCCAGCUCAGAGCUCACACACUUAUAGGGGGAGGCAGUAUUGGCCUGGUGCAUGUGGUCACCUCAAAUGGAGAUAUUUACUUGUUAUGUUUAAGUUGAUUUAUGUCCGUAAUAUACGAGUCAUGACAUUGUUUUGACAUUUUCAGUGUUAUUUAGGUACUCGGUUUUGUUUGGUUUUAGCAAUAGUUUUGUGCCAGAGCUUAGCAUUUAUUAAUUACCCUCUUGCCCUCCAUCCUGAUUUGAGCCGUUUAUCCACCUUGUACAAUAAAAUUUAACAAUUAA